AAAAGUAAAAUUCUCUGAGUCACAUGCAAGAAAGUAAACGUUACAGAGAAAAUCGAGAGCAAAGUGGAGAUGUCCUGUAUCAGCACUGCUCUCCUCUGAGAGCCGGUUUCCUUCGAAAACCAACGAACCCGAUCCGAACACUGAAAAGAUUUCUGCUAACCAUGAGGUUCCUGAUCUAGCAGAAAGCAGCUCUGAUGGUAGCAAGUGGAUCCUUGCUAACUUUCUGGUUGAGACUCUGAGAAGUUGGGGAAGAUACUAUAUGAGAUCCCUGAAAUCUGAUGUUGGAUGCCCAAGAAUUCCUUUCCAGAAGUUUCCUCUUCCUGACCCAGAUUGUCCAGCCCUGUCUGUAGACACUCCAUAUUGAAGGUGAGCUCAGGGUUCUAUCAUUGCGGAAAAUCAGAUGGUGGUAUCAUCUUGACAGGGGAGAUUUCGAAUAGCAGCCACCAAAGUAGUUGGGAACUUAUCUGCUGUGCGACGUCGAAACCCAAUUCGUCCAUGGUCACAUCGGACAACACCUCUGUUGCCGAGAGCUAGCCGCUGUCUCGACUACACACCAAGGAAACUGACCUGGACACCUCCUAGGGCAAUCCAUCAUAUCAAGGCCACCUAAGGCAGCUGAAGCUUUCCGCUACUUUUCUCUCCUGUCGAUCGCUCCUUUUCUAUGGCUGAUAGCGAUUGCAGGACUCUUGAAUUUUGCCUCAUGUUCUGAUUCAACUACGGUGCAACAUGUGUAUGUGAGAAGCUUAAGCAAUUGAAGGGUUAUGAGAUGGAAAGCCCCCACUCGGUCAAUAGUCCUAGAAGAAUUCUCAGUCUGUCGAAACAGCGUGUGUCCUUUCAAGAUCCUGAUGACAAAACUGGGUUUGGGUUGUCUGGAGAGCAUGGACCAAAGCCUUCAGAAGUAUAUGGUUUUGUGGGAUCCAUAACGGUUGUUGUUGCUUCAGUUAUCUUCUUGAUAUGGGCGUAUGUUCCUGAGCAUUGGCUACACUCUAUUGGGAUCACAUACUACCCCAGCAGGUAUUGGGCUCUGGCGGUGCCAACCUACGUUAUGGUGACCAUUGUGUUAGGACUGGGAUUCUACAUUGGCCUCAACUUCAUGUCAACACCUUCCCCUGCAUCUUUGUACACAAUUUAUGAUGAAUUCAGCAGAGAUCCCUCGUGUUUCAAUUGCUGUGGAGAGGGAGACGAGAUGGCCAUUGAGCCCAUGUCAGAUAUUGAUAUCAGCAGAAUCAACGAUAUUAUGUUCAGAGAUGCAUCCUCGUAAUCUUUAAUGCUAUAUGGUUGGUUUUCUACAUUAUGCCAGGAGUGAUGCUGAUUUGGUUUGUUGCAUCCCAUGAUUUUAAUGGUUAGACAUGAAGAAUAAGCUUAUUUAUUUAUUUAUAAAUUAGAGAGGGUAAGCGCUAACAGUUUGUAGUUGGUUACAAGACCAUUGGCAAGAAUAGGCUUGAGUAUGCUCAUCUUAUUGCCAUAUGUAAGUCUCUUAGAUUUUUAAAAUUUGAUAAUGGUCUAUUUAGAUUAAUGAGGAUUUGAAUUUAAAUUUAAACUAGAUUUUUCAGUUGGAUACACAAAUUUAUGAAUUUAGAUUUGAUUCAAAUGUAA